AUCGCACGUCACGCACGCACACCCAGCGCACGACACGCACCGUCUCGUUCGUCGCACGCAUUUAACACAGCCAUGAUCGCACAACGCGCGUCCACGACGCGAACGAUCGCGACGCCGACGCGCGCGACCGAAGCGCGACGCGCGCGCGUCGUCGCGAACGCGGCGGACCGAAAGAUGUGGUUGCCCGCACCGUACAAGGCGCCGGCGCACCUCGACGGCACCGUCGCCGGGGACUACGGCUUCGAUCCUCUCGGCUUGGGCAGCGACCCGACGCGCCUCAAGUAUUACCAAGAGGCGGAGCUCAUGAACGCUCGAUGGGCGAUGAUGGCUGUUGCGGGUAUUGUCGGUACCGAAAUCGCGGGCAUCGAACCGCGAUGGUGGGAAGCCGGCACCGAGGAUUACGGAUUCCCGCCGCAAGCGCUCCUCGCGGUGCAGCUUCCGGUGAUGGGGUACCUCGAGAACAAGCGCAUUCAAGGUUGGUUGGCCACCGGUUCGAGCGGUGUGAACGAAACCUUCCCGUUCGACCCGAUGGGCAUGGGCUCUAAGGACGAGAAGAUGAAGCUCAAGGAGAUCAAGAACGGCCGCGCCGCCAUGAUCGCCUUCGUCGGCAUCGUCGUGCAAGGCAUCGUCUACCGCGAGGGCCCGGUCGCCGCGCUCAAGGAUCACGUCGCCAACCCGUUCGGUUGCAACAUGGCGACGAACAUCAUGAACAUCCCGGUGAACUUGGCGUAAACUGAGCUACGACGUUUAACGGACGUACGAUUACGCCCGAUGUGUACACCGAUCAGUCAACAAACAACCACCC